AAAGUUUGAUUAGCAGCUGGUAAUGGAAGUGAGAGAAGAAGCACAGCGGGGGACGGUGCGUCGUUCUGCUUGGCCUCGCCGUCUCCAAAGUGUUAUCGUCCCCUUGUUUUCGACGGCGUGAAAUCCGAUCACCGGCGGCCCGGCGUCAUGGCUCAAGACAAGGAAGCAUCUCUGCUUGAGGGGAAUGAUCCAGUCACAGGGCAUAUCAUCUCGACCACAAUUGGUGGUAAAAACGGUGAACCUAAGCAGACAAUUAGCUACAUGGCGGAGCGUGUUGUGGGAACGGGAUCUUUUGGUAUUGUCUUCCAGGCCAAAUGUUUGGAGACAGGAGAGGCUGUUGCUAUAAAGAAGGUGUUGCAGGAUAAAAGAUACAAGAACCGUGAGUUACAACUGAUGCGAUCAAUGGAUCAUCCCAAUGUGAUUUCCUUGAAGCAUUGCUUUUUCUCUACCACUAGUAGAGAUGAACUCUUUUUAAAUCUUGUUAUGGAGUAUGUACCUGAAACCCUGUACAGUGUUUUAAAGCACUAUAGCAAUGUGAACCAUAGGAUCCCAGUGCCGCUCAUCUACGUCAAGCUUUAUGCCUAUCAGUUAUUUAGAGGGCUCGCAUACAUCCAUAAUGUCCCAGGAGUUUUCCAUAGAGACAUCAAACCGCAAAAUGUUCUAGUUGAUCCUCUUACUCACCAAGUCAAGAUUUGCGAUUUUGGAAGUGCUAAAAUACUAACUAAGGGUGAAGCAAACAUAUCAUACAUUUGUUCUCGUUACUAUCGUGCACCAGAGCUCAUAUUUGGUGCAACUGAAUAUACAACUACAAUAGAUGUAUGGUCAGCAGGCUGUGUUCUUGCUGAAUUGUUACUUGGACAGCCUCUCUUUCCAGGAGAGAGUGCCGUUGAUCAGCUUGUUGAAAUAAUUAAGGUUCUGGGCACUCCAACGAGGGAGGAAAUUCGGUGCAUGAAUCCUAACUAUACAGAUUUCAGGUUUCCACAGAUCAAAGCUCAUCCAUGGCACAAGGUGUUUCACAAGAGAAUGCCCUCAGAAGCAAUGGAUCUUACUUCUCGACUUCUGCAAUACUCACCAAUUCUACGUUACACUGCUCUGGAAGCUUGCGCUCAUCCCUUCUUCGAUGAGCUACGAGAACCCAGUGCCCGACUGCCAAAUGGUCGCCCUUUCCCUCCUCUUUUUAAUUUCAAGCAAGAGUUGGCCGGCGCAUCACCUGAGCUGAUUAACAAAUUGAUCCCGGAACAUGUGAGGCGACAGUCUGGUUUCCCUCCUAAUCUGCACCUAGCUGGAACAUAGAUGCUACACUACAGGUUUCGCAGAUUAAAAGUGAGCAAGCAUUUAUAUGAAGGGAUUCUCGUUAAUUGCACAUUCACACUUUUGAUGCAAUUGACGAAGCAUGAUGGCCAGCACCAUGGAGAAACUAAUCGAUUCUGAUGUUCUCCGGCUUUUCCAAUGUUUCCAUUCUUAGCUGUUGUAUAUUAUAUUUUCUAGGAUUUGUUCUAUUGUCAAUCAAUCAGUCUGUUAUUAACUGAGAAAGAGCUUUUCCACGACACAGCUUAUUUUGUAAGAUGUUCAUUUUUUGUUCUUAUUUAUAGUAAGUGUUUUGAUGGGUAGCUGUAGUUUCGUUUGGACCUUUAA